UUGCAGGAGCUGUCAGUCUUGAUCCGACCUCCCCAUUGGUGACAGUUGGAGGCGACCUCCGCAAGUCCAUUGGACACAGGAGAGAACACGAAAGUAGUCCUUGCUCCGCUACGCCCUUUGCGCCGGAACCAGAGGGCACAGUUUGGUCAGCCCUUGGACUACUUGAUUGGCCGGGGGAGCGUUCAAAGGAACCAGGGGCGGGCUCUUCACUCUGGCUGGAGGCUGGGGGUGCGCUGAGUGGCGUAAGGAAUCCGCGAGCGCAAGUUACAGAGGAAUGGAAGCUGCGGCGGAACCUGGGAAUCUGGCUGGUGUGCGGCACAUCAUCCUUGUCCUUUCGGGAAAGGGAGGUGUGGGGAAGAGCACCAUCUCUACGGAGCUGGCCCUGGCCCUGCACCACGAGGGCAAAAAGGUAGGGAUCCUGGACAUAGACCUGUGUGGCCCCAGCAUCCCGAACAUGCUCCAAGCACAGGGCAGGGCUGUACACCAAUGUGACCGUGGCUGGGUGCCUGUCUUUGUGGACCGGGAGCAGAGCAUCUCCCUAAUGUCUGUGGGCUUCCUGCUGGAGAAUCCAGACGAGGCAGUGGUGUGGAGAGGUCCCAAGAAGAAUGCACUGAUAAAGCAGUUUGUAUCUGACGUGGCCUGGGGGGAGCUGGACUACCUGGUGGUGGACACACCCCCAGGGACUUCUGAUGAGCACAUGGCCGUGGUGGAAGCACUUCGACCUUACAGACCCUUGGGAGCCCUCGUGGUCACCACACCACAGGCAGUGUCUGUCGGGGAUGUGAGGCGAGAGCUGACCUUCUGUAAGAAGACAGGGCUGCAAGUGGUUGGGGUUGUGGAGAACAUGAGUGGCUUUGCCUGCCCACACUGUGAGCCCUUGUCUCCUAGGAAUGUACCAACAUCUUCUCCAGGGGCGGUGGAGAGGAGCUAGCCCAGCUCGCUGGAGUCCCCUUCUUAGGCUCUGUACCCUUGGACCCUGAGCUCACCAGAAGCUUGGAGGAGGGUCAUGACCUCACCCAGGAGUUCCCCAAGAGCCCUGCAUUUCCUGCACUCACCUCCAUAGCUCGGAAAAUUCUGGACAGGUUGCCUGCUCUGCUCUCCUAACAGCCCCUUCACAAGGGGCUUUACUCACAGCCUCCAGGGCUUUCCACAUCCUGGUGGAUUCUGGGACCUGCAGCAAUGGUCAGGCACUAUGACUGAGUGUCACCUGCCUGGCCCUAUCCUUGAAGGGGUUUUGUCACAAGUGAUGCACACUGACAGUAGUUCCAUCUGGCUGGCCUGUGGCUGAAGGACAGCUCAGGCCUGGUACCAUUUUUGUUUUUUGUUUUGUUUUGUUUUUUGAGACAGGGCCUUACUAGUAGUUUAGGUUGGUCUUGAACUCACUGUAGCCCAGGCUGGCCUGAAACUUGUAGCAAUUCUUUUGCCUCAGCCUCCCAAGUGCUGGGAUUAUAGGUGCGCAACAUCACACCUGGUUGGACCUGGUGCCUUAAGAUAGUGGUGGUCUUAGCCAACAACCCACGAGGCUUUUUCCAGGUCUAGUGUCCCAGACUGACUAACUGCUCCUGACAACUGGGCACCCACACGGUUCCCAAGCUGGCCCAGGCCUUCUGCCAUUCUCUGGUGGCCUGGGCCCCAUGAGUACUCUGUGCCAUCAGGGCAGCAUUCCAUAAUGCGGUGAACUGGCCUCAGACAGUAGAGGAAUCUGCUGUUAAAUGUAUCCCACUGCCUUGAUCAUGAGUCUGACAUUCAGCUCUGUCCCUGGUGAUGACAGCAUUUGCUUUUUAAGCAUUCCAUGACUAGACCAGCUGCUGUUAGUUUUAUUGUUGCAGCCCCCUGAUGGGUGAAAAUGUUUCUCCGUCUCAUUUGGGGGAGCUUGACAAGAUUUUGAUAUUGGAAACCUA